AUGCCGUCAGCCAACACCACAGAAGAAGAAGUUACAGAGAUAUCAGUGUUUGUGGCACCGUUCAGUCAAGAAUCAGUGAUAUUUGAGAAAGUGGCCCCCGGCUGUGCUCAGAGCUCUAGAACGGGUGCAAGUUCUCUAUUCAAAAUUGGAAACUACAAUGAGCUUUCGCCCUGGACAGGUAGUUUCCAACCAAACCCAGGACCUCUCAACUUGAUAAAUGCCACAAGUCCACAAUUCGGUGCCGUGGUUAGUAAUGUCACACACAACGAUGACAUGCCGGGAAAAACAUUCGAAAACGUGAACAAUAACACGAUACCUGUAGCCGGACUGACCAACGGAAGCGAGCCAGUAUAUAUCGGCAACGUGUCCAUGAACACACAGAAUGGGUUAUCAACAACAGCCAACCGAAUAGUAGUUGGGGCUGAUGUUAGUGUGACUUUAUUUGCACUGCAGAACUUUGCAGGGGAAAGUAUCACGAUAGUCGGCCCAACAAUUCAAUGCCUGGAUAUUCCUGAGCCGGAUGGCACAUUGACCACUGCUUUCCAAUCUUUCACUGUUGGAAGGACUUGGAGGGCUAUCACUGGAUCAUGGCGGCAAGUAUUCCAUCCAAGCAAUUCGGCGAUUACUGCUUCACUUACGGUCGGAUUUCGUUGGGGGAGAGCCACAACGGUACAAGCUAAGUCCUUGCGGCGUUUGGGGCUACACUGGCGAAAGGUCUUGUAUUCGCCGACAUAG